AUGGAAAAGAGGGAAAAAUCAUGGAAAACUCUUUUCUUUGCACUUACAGUGUUUUCUCAACUGAAGAGCUAUGGUGCUGCAAUCGACGCUGGAGAUACUCUUUCGUUGGGUGCCUCGCUUACUGGAACUCAGACAAUAAUUUCACAGAAUGGCACAUUUGAGUUGGGAUUCUUCAGCCCAAAUGGAAGCAACUGGUAUAUCGGAAUCUGGGAGACUCCCGCCAGAAACAGGUCUGGCGUUUUGAAGCUGUCACGAGAAGGUAAUCUGGUAUUGUUUGAUGCAGAGGGCGCGUCUAUCCGGUCAGUCAACACAACAAAAAAGGCCUCCCGGGCUGUGAUAAUAGAUUCUGGUAAUUUUUUAAUGCUGAAAGAUGACAAUAAAUAUGAAACUGUUUGGCAGAGUUUCGACAAUCCUGUAAAUACAUGGUUGCCAGGGAUGAGGUUUGGUGGACAGCAAAAGCUAGUCUCUUGGAAAAACCCAAUGGAUCCCACUCCUGGCCUUUUCUCCUUCCGCACGGAUCCGUCUGGGGCCAAGCAAUUCGUGUUGACAUGGAACAAAUCUAUACAGUACUGGGAAACCGGAACUUGGGACGGCAAAAUUUUCAGUAAACUUCUAGAAAUGGCAAACUUGGACAAGGGCGUCCAUGUAAGGGCUGAAAGUAGAAACUCUGGUUUUUAUACCAGUAUUACAUUGUUGCCUGAAAUCAAUGUUCUCCCACGUUUCGUCCUAACCAAUUUAGGAGGACUGCAAAUAAAUGCUAUUAUUAGGGGCAGUAAAUGGAACACAUUCUGGUCUCAGCCCGCAGAUGCAUGCGCCGUAUAUGGUCUCUGUGGUGCUUAUGGAACCUGCAACUCCAACAAUCUUCACUUUUGCAGCUGCGUGGAAGGCUUCGCGCCCACAGACAAUGGUGCCUGGGAUUCCCAAGACUGGGGAUCCAGUGGCUGUGUUCGACAGAGCCCAUUAAACUGCGAUGCCAAAAAUGGCAGCACUGACAGAUUCGUCGACCUUAAUGUGACGUUGCCUAAUGAUUACACUUCCUCAUAUCCGCCUUCAGGGCCUUGCCAACUCCGGUCAGGAGAUGUGCUAAACAUACGCAACUCUCCUCCGUCGAAAAGCAGUUCAAAUGUUUCCAUCCGAGUAGGUGCUUCUGAACUUCCAACGAAACGCAAAAGCACAACUAUUGUCGGCACAGUGCUUGGUAUUGUUAGUGCUCUCGCCGUUGCUUUGGGUAUCUUUUCAGUUUUCAUCUGGCGAAGGCGUCAGACGGAUAGGUACGCAGAUUCCUCGGACUCUUUCCUCAGAAUGUUUAGUUACAAGGAAUUGAAGAUUGCAACCAGGAAUUUCAAGUCUCAGUUGGGGAGAGGAGGAUUCGGUUCAGUGUUCAAAGGAUCUCUACCAGACGGUACAAUUGUGGCCGUAAAAAGAAUGGAGUGUUCACGACAAGAUGAGAAGCAAUUCCGAGCGGAAAUUAGUUCUCUUGGGAACAUACAUUAUAUGAAUUUGGUAAGGCUUCGGGGAUUUUGUGUACAAGGAUCGAGACGGCUGUUGGUUCAUGAUUACAUGCCCAACUGGAAGACUCGAUUGGAGAUCGCGUUAGGCACUGCAAGAGGGUUACAUUAUCUCCACGAAGAAUGCAGAGAUUGCAUCAUUCACGGCGAUGUCAAGCCCGAAAACAUUCUGCUGGACAGUAAUUUGUCACCCAAGUUAGCGGAUUUCGGGCUGGCAAGGCUUGUGGGUAGAGAUUUUAGCCGUGUGCUGACCACCACAAGAGGAACGAGAGGGUAUUUGGCUCCAGAGUGGAUCUUUGGUCUUCCCAUCUCUACCAAGGUUGAUGUCUACAGUUUUGGUAUGACGUUUUUGGAAAUUAUUUCGGGGGGAAGAAAUAUAGACUUAAACAUGCAAGAUUCAAGUUUGAUUUACUUUCCCGCAUGGGCUGUAACUCAAAUUCAGCAGGGGAAGACAAUUAAUGUUGUGGAGAAGGAUGUUGUAGAGGCGGCAGACAUGGAAGAGGUGAGAAGAGCAUGUGUUAUAGUGUUGUUAUGCAUUCAAGAGGACGACGAAGUAAGGCCAAGCAUGAGGCAAGUGGUGCAGAUGCUAGAAGGAAAGAUGGAACCUCAACCUCCGCAGAUUCCAAGCUAUAGUGGUUUGCUAGUGUAG